AACUACUACAGAUCAUUAUCAUUCUUUAAAUGUUUUUAUCAAUACUGUGAUAGGCCUACAUAAUUAAUAAAUGCACGUUUAAUUGGGCAACCUAACGACAAUCAAUAAUGGAUAGAAUGGGAAGGUUAUCAUAUCUACAUUCCGUUCAAAAGCUGAAUGUAUAACAAACAAUAAAGCACAUUAAUGGGAAGUCAAGGCAAAGGAUAUUUCAAGAAGAAGGGUUCACAUUUUUUUCUUGUGAUUUUUGGAUAAUCAAUGUGCGUCUGAUGGACACCGAAGGGGAUGGAGCUGCGCAUAACCUGGAAAAUGACAAUAAAUGCGACGUUUACGUUGGAUAAGCAGUCCCUGUGCUCCUUUUUAUGAAGGGUUUUCCUUCAAAGCUCAAUGACAUCUGUCAAACGAGUGUCGAAGGAUGGAGCGCGCCAGUCAGUUGAAGCCAACUUCUUUUAUUUAUGGAGAGUUCUGGAAUAUGUCAACCAAUGAUACCAAUGUAAAUGUUACGACUGAAGGAGAGGAGGUGGAUAGUUUGGCUUUCCAAGCCGGUUUAGCAUUUACAUUAUCUCUGAUAACCUUUGCAACAACAUUAUCAAAUGCAUUCGUUAUUGCUACUAUUUAUCAAUCCAGAAAACUGCAUACGCCUGCAAACUUUCUGAUAGCAUCACUCGCCCUGACAGACCUUCUAGUGUCCGUAUUGGUGAUGCCAAUCAGCGCACUAUACACGGUGAGUCAAACAUGGACUUUGGGACAAGUUAUGUGCGACAUAUGGUUGUCUUCAGACAUUACGUGUUGCACCGCAUCCAUUCUUCACCUGUGCGUAAUUGCACUGGACCGUUACUGGGCAAUAACAGACGCGGUUGAGUACACCAAGAAGCGCACACCAGCGCGCGCAGCGGGGAUGAUCGCCACUGCCUGGGUGAUUGCCAUCUCCAUCUCACUGCCGCCCUUCUUCUGGCGUCAGGUGAAAACGGACGAGGUUACCACUUGCAACGUGAAUACUGAUCACAUUUUCUACACUAUUUAUUCCACUUUUGGAGCCUUCUAUAUUCCCACUUUGUUACUCAUAGCCCUUUACGGUAGGAUCUACGUGGAAGCCCGAAAGAGAAUCUUGAAACAGUCGUCUAAUAAACCGGGGAAAAGACUCACUUCUGCCCAUUUGAUAACAAACUCGCCGGGUACACAUUCUGUGGCAUCCACCACCUCUCUAAAUUACGGGACGAACGAAGCCUCUUCUUGCGACGCGAAUAGCUCAACUGCCAAUGUGAACCAUGUGAAAGUCAUUGUAUCCGACGCGCUCCUGGAGAAGAAGAGGAUCUCCGCUGCCAGGGAAAGAAAGGCGACAAAAACUUUAGGGAUCAUUCUUGGAGCUUACAUCAUAUGCUGGCUACCGUUUUUCAUUUACACUUUAGUGGUUUCAGUCUGUGCGUCAUGUUUCUAUCCAGAAUUAUUUGACAUAUUCACUUGGUUGGGUUAUCUUAACUCUUUAAUAAACCCCAUCAUUUACACCAUGUCCAAUGAGGAUUUCAAAAAGGCUUUCCACAAACUAAUACGCUUUAGAUGUUGCAGGUCCUGAAAAUAAGCUACCUACUAGACAAAGGGUGCCAAACCCAUUUCAUUUUACUCAGCUACGUCAGCAGCACCACAAACUGCAGCUCUCCAAUAAUUACAGCAUGUUAGCUUAUUGCAGUAUUGUAUCUAGUAUGUUUUCAAAAAGCCCAGGAACAUGAUAUUAUACUUCAUAAGCCUAUCUACAUGGCCCGUAGGCAAGUUUGGAAACUUGAUUAUUUUGCAAAGCAAAAAUGUAUUAAUUAAUCACUGACACCUAUUCAGAAAUAGGCCAUAUACCGUCUGCUACCUUCCUUAUGAUUGGCAGUCAGUCAUGAGAUUACCACCCACCCAGGCU